UCCCGACCAGGUGAUUGUUUAUUUUGUUCGCUUGCCCACCCCCGAUCCCUUUCUUCCCACGCGCGUGCAUCUGCUUGAGAUCAAGGCCGCCCUCGCCCGCCGCCAUCGCUGCCUCGUGAGCCAUCGUUGCCGCUGCAUGGGGAAGGCUGGUGAUGCCGCUCAAGAUCGAGAAGCACCCAGAGGAAGACGUCCACGGCGGCGAUGGAGCCAAGCCGUCCUUGCCGCCGCCACCGCAGCCUCGUGGCGCAUCGUUGGAGCGGCCCGGGAAGACAGGUGAUGCUGCUCGAGACCGAGAAGCACGCGGAGUAAGACGUCCAUGGCGUCCACGACGGCGAUGGAGCCGCCUCAUCCUCACCAGCCGCCACCGCCGCCUCUGCCUCGUGUGCCAUCGCUACCGCGGACUGAGGAAGACCGAUGAUGUCAGUGCUGCAGAAGUAUGCGGGAAGAGCUGCGGUGGUGUCGAGGAAGGCGAAGGUGUUUGGUCCGCUGGCGCCCGACUGCGGGAAGCUGCCGUUCGGGCGGGCGCUACUGCCCGAGCUGUCCGACCGCAUCGUCACGGUCCAGUUGCAGAAUCAAUUGAAGCGAAAGAGGGCUUCAAACUGUCCGGUGAAUGCUGCCGCAGAGAAGGAUGCUCUUGUGAUCUUGUCGCUAGGUGCACGAGAGGAGCUUGCAGCCGCAGGCUGGUUCGAGUACUACAAGGAGGUUUCUGUUUACAGGCUGCAGCUCGAUGGUAGCAAGCAGUCAAGUGUCAAGCAACGCAUGCAAUGAUUAAGUGCUAGCUUGAGGAGAGCAAGCUUAGACUAUCGAGGGACCAAGGUGAUGGAUGAGAUAUAUGAGAAGCUCGUGGAAAAAGAUGCCAUCAGUAGUCUGCUAGAAGCCUAGAAUUAUUUCACAUUUAUUUAUGUUGAAAUGGCUUAUUCUGUGCAGAUGGUCGGCAAUAUCAAAUACUAGUUCCUUACUAUUUCAUGGGAAGCUCAUGAAAUAGUUGCUAAAGCUUGGGAAACAGGUGAAAUAGUUACUUACUAUUUCAUCUGUAUAAUUUGUUUCUUGAUUUAAGUAGAAAGUUGGUUCCAAAUUUCAUCAUAAUGUGUUUUUUUUUUGCAAUUAAUUGCUACAUCUUAAUGACAGGGUUGCUCAACA